AUGUCGUCCUGCAGCCGCGUGGCGCUGGUGACUGGAGCCAACAAGGGCAUCGGCUUCGCCAUCGCCCGCGAGCUGUGCCGGCAGUUCUCAGGGGACGUGGUGCUCACUGCGCGGGACGCGGCGCGGGGUCGAGCGGCCGUGCAGCAGCUGCAGGCAGAGGGCCUGAGCCCGCGCUUCCACCAGCUGGACAUCGACGACCUGCAGAGCAUCCGCGCCCUGCGCGAGUUCCUGCGCCGCGAGUACGGGGGACUAAACGUGCUGGUCAACAACGCAGGCAUCGCCUUCAAGUUGGAUGAUCCAACGCCCUUUGACAUUCAAGCUGAGAUGACACUGAAGACGAACUUUUUUGCCACGAGAAAUGUCUGCACUGAAUUACUGCCAAUAAUAAAACCUCAUGGCCGCGUGGUGAAUAUCAGUAGCUUACAGGGUUCCAAAGCGCUGGAGAACUGCAGUGAAGACCUGCAGGAGAAGUUCCGAUGUGAGACGCUCACGGAGGAGGACCUGGUAGACCUCAUGAAGAAGUUUGUGGAGGAUACAAAAAAUGAAGUGCAUGAGAGGGAAGGCUGGCCCAGCUCAGCCUACGGUGUGUCUAAGCUGGGAGUAACAGUUUUAUCACGAAUCCAGGCAAGGAAACUGGAUGAGAAGAGAAAAGCCGAUAGGAUUCUGCUGAACGCUUGCUGCCCUGGCUGGGUAAAGACUGACAUGGCUGGGGAUUAUGGCUCCAGAACUGUAGAGGAGGGGGCCGAGACUCCUGUCUACUUGGCCCUCCUGCCCCCAGAUGCUACUGAGCCUCAUGGCCAGCUGGUCCGAGACAAAGUAGUCCAAGACUGGUGA